UCAGCUGUUGCUGUUGCAGCUGGUUUUUUCGGUGUGGUUGUAUUUUUGUUUGGAGGUAAAAACCCAACUCGACAAAAGAAUGGUCCAGAGAACCGUGUACUCGCGCAUCAGCGUUCGUAUAGCUGAGGAAAAACAGCUCCUAGCAGAAGAGAAAUGGAUCAUCAAUGCCCUUACCAAAGUUCGCAAGGAGCGCAACCGUUUACAGAUUGAUAGAUUGGAGCUAGAAAACCAAAAGAUGCAGCUAAUGAAACGGUCCCGCUCCCAAGCAACACCGGCGCGGCCCGAGACGCCCUCAGAGAAGGUCAUGAAGCUAAUGAACUCCGCAAGCACAAGUGCUUCGAUCCCGGAGCUCGAGGACCUCGCUCAUGAGAUCAGCAAGGAGGCUCUCUGCAAUGAGCAGGAGCUCAAUCUCACUGUUACUAAUCCUAUAUUGAGUCUCAACUACAACAACAUGGUGGAAGAGGAAGUGGACUCGGAAGGCUCAGACGACGCUGACAGAGUGUUACUGGACAUGAACAUGUUCAUGAAUGGGGACCCUUAUGGAAAACCUGGGAAGAACAAAUAAUACCUUUCUUUAAUCAGUUAGUUUGUUAUUAAUUAGAAUAGCUAGUAUGUUAGUCUAACCCUUUGACCGUCAAGAUGUUGAUUGACGCGCGCGGCUAGUCUAAUAUCCAACUUUGUGCAUUUGGACAACAUUCACGAUGACGCGCCGUGCACGACAGGUGGGGAGUUAAAAGGGUUAAGGAAUAAUCUCAAAUAUGGUUCUACGGAAGGAGCUU